AUGACGCUCCUCCACUUUUUCGCCAGCAGCGUCUGCUGCUUCGGACCGAUCUACGCUGUCUACAAGGCGACGGAAGUGUCGGACCAAGCCGGCACGCUGUGGCUGAUCGCCCUCUCCGCCACCUCUUACCUUUUUACGCAACUUCUGAGAAGCUUGGUUGUCGCGUCUUUGGUUCCGGCCACCUGUCACCUUUACUUUGUCUGUGAGGCCUUCACGCAGAUCCUUUGGGGCGUCAUGGAGGUCAUCGGUCUCUACUUCGUAGUUCACCACAGGACUGCAAUGACGUUCGACGCGGAUUCGCGCCUGCUGAGUAUUGGGCUCGGCUGGUCCUUCGCCCACUCUCUCUUCACCAAUCUCUUGCCCAUCAUCUCAAGUGCCCGGACUGUGGCGUUCCACUGGAAGUUCCUCUACGGUGCUUUGUCGGCAAAUGUUUCCAGCGUAGGUCUUUUCGUCCUCAACACAGGAGUCGCUCGACUCAGGGAACGGCUGAGCGUCGCUGGAUUCGGCUCCCACCCUAGCGUUCACUCCGUAGCCGCGUUUCACAGCCGGCUUCUUCUCGGUAGCACUCCCUCUACCGCUCCUGCGGAAACUCCGGCGUGGUGGGUACAGCUCGUGCUUCAAGCAAUAGUCGCUGCGUCUGUCGGGUUCUUUACGUUGCAAUUGUACCGCUCUCGGGCGGCCAAGGGCACAGGCUCGCAGUCGGCGUCCACUUCGCAGCAAGGACAUGGUUCCACGCAGCCCAAGCGAGAGUGA